GCCUACCUCGUGUGUGAUCAUUAUUGACACAGAGAGGGUCAUUUCCUGUUUUGUAAUCUUAGCGCCAUGAUGCCUUUAAGGUCACCUGUGCACGGGCUUCCUGUGGUCCUGCUUACCGAGGAGGAGUCUGCCGGUUGACUUCCAGUAGCUGCCUAGCCACCGCCUUCUUUUUGCCCCCCUCCCUUUUUUCCUCCUCUCCUCCUCCUCAUCCUCAGCCGCUACUGCAGCAGCAGCCCGGCGCCUCCUGGAUCCAUGAAGAAAGCACCCCUGCACGGCACGUCCCCCGCCACGAUGGGCCGCAAGCUAUAUAGGCUAUUGCGUUGAUGUGUUGAUUUUGAGAUAUUUCAGUUAUCAAAUAUGAAUCAUGCAUUUGAUAUUUCUGGCCACUUUGCUCGUCAGCAUCCUUUCGCCUUGGCUUCAUCUAUCACUAGCGUCAUCCGGUUUUUCAUGUCUGUGCGGUGGGAAUUGUCUUGCAGUUUCUCAAGGAGUAGAGGACAAGGUUGAGAGGGACGCAGCGCCAGCCCUGCUGAAGCAACAGGCAACUGCAGCACCUGCUACAGACAACACAACACACCAUGCAGUAAAGCAUGUGAUCACCUACCCCUCACGGUUGAUCUACUACCUAAACGAGGACUCGGAGAGUACCUACCAUGACCUGGACACCCGGAUCAAGAACCAAGCCACAGAGGGGCAGGCAGUCCACCUCGCCCAAGCCAGUUUCCAGUUAGAGGCAUUUGGCUCCAGAUUUGCUCUGGAUCUAGCAUUGAACACUGACUUGCUGUCUUCAGAUUAUGUUGAGAUCCACUAUCAGGCGGGCAAACCUGUUCUGUCAAAGGGCGGUGAGCACUGUUACUACCACGGCCAGGUGAGAGGGAACGAUAACUCCCAUGUGGCCUUAUCUACCUGCAACGGGCUGCAUGGGAUGUUUGACGAUGGAGUCUAUGUGUAUCUAAUUGAGCCCUUACAACAGACUCAUUCAAUCGAUACAGCUGCAAGGCCUCACAAACUAAGAAGAACAGCCUCCUUUCAAUGGAAAAAUUAUUCAGAGGAACAGAUCGAGGACGAGGAGCAGCUCUUCUCGGAGCUGGAUGACUUGUCCUGGCUGAAGCGCAGGAAAAAGCGAGCAAUGCCUCGCAGUGUAUUUGAGGAGAUGAAGUAUUUGGAAAUUAUGAUUGUCAGUGACCACAGUAUGUUUAGACGACACAAGACCAAGCAGCACACAAGGAAUUUUGCCAAGUCAGUGGUGAAUGUUGUGGAUGCUAUCUUCAAAGAGCAGCUACAUACACGUGUGGUGCUCGUUGCUGUGGAGAUCUGGACGGACAAGGAUCAGAUCCCCAUCAGUGUGAGGCCGCUUGAGAUGCUGCGGGAUUUCUCCAAGUACCGGCAGCAGAACAUCAAGCACCAUGCCGACGCUGUGCACCUCUUCUCAAAUGCGACCUUCCACUACCGCAGGAGCAGCGCAGCAUACUUUGGAGGCAUGUGUUCUGUGAGCCGAGGAGUAGGGGUCAAUGAGUAUGGCAACAGCUUGUCCAUGGCAGGGUCUCUAUCCCAGAGCCUGGCUCAGAACCUGGGCAUCCAGUGGGACCCAGCAUCCAAGAGAAAGGAAUGCGGUUGUGUUGACCCAUGGCCUGGCUGCAUAAUGGAGGACACUGGAGUCCAACACCCACGGAGAUUUUCCAAAUGCAGCAUCUCAGACUACAAGGAGUUCCUUUUAAAAGGUGGAGGCUCGUGUCUGUUUAACAGGCCAACCAAGCUGUUCGAGGCAACAGAAUGCGGUAAUGGAUUUGUGGAAGUGGGAGAGGAGUGCGACUGCGGAGCGAGAGCAGAGUGCUACAAGGAAUGCUGCAAGAAGUGUUCCCUCGCCAAUGGGGCGCACUGCAGCGAUGGCCCGUGCUGCAAUAACACAUGUCUGUUUUAUCCACGAGGUUACAGUUGCCGCUAUGCUGUGAACGACUGUGAUAUCUCAGAGACUUGCUCUGGGGACUCUGGACAGUGCCCUCCCAAUCUUCAUAAACAAGAUGGUUACCUCUGCCAGGUAAACCAGGGCCGCUGCUACAACGGAGAGUGCAAGACCAGGGAAAACCAGUGUAAAUACAUCUGGGGGUCAAAGGCUGGAGGCUCUGAGAAGUUCUGCUAUGAGAAGCUGAACACGGAGGGCACAGAGAAGGGCAACUGUGGAAAGGAUGGAGACAAAUGGAUCCAGUGUAGCAAACAUGAUGUGUUCUGCGGUUACCUUUUGUGUUCCAACAUCGGCCGCAACCCACGCGUCGGAAUGAUGAAAGGAGAUAUCACCCCAGCCUCCUUCAACCAUCAAGGCAGACUGGUAGACUGCAGUGGUGGCCAUGUCCUUUUGGAUGAUGACACUGAUUUAGGCUACGUGGACGAUGGGACUCCCUGUGGGCCGUCAAUGAUGUGCCUUGACCGCAAGUGUCUGCCCAUCCAGUCACUCAACAUGAGCACCUGCCCUAGUGGACCUAAUGGACAGGUGUGCUCUGCCCAUGGGGUGUGCAACAAUGAAGCCACAUGCACCUGCGACACCACCUGGGCGGGGACAGACUGUAGCAUGCCUGACCCGCCUAAAGAGCCUGAGGCCACUCAGGACGAAGGACCCAAGGGUCCUAGUGCCACCAAUCUAAUAAUAGGCUCCAUCGCCGGAGCCAUCCUUGUGGCUGCCAUAGUGCUGGGGGGGACUGGAUGGGGCUUUAAAAAUGUGAAGAAACGGCGAUACGACCCCAACGCCUCAGCCAUUUGACCCGGGGAGAGAUGGCAAUUGACAGACGGACUCCUCCAAGGCUUCCUUAGUUGGCUACUUGAUAGCUGGACUGCACUUAUUGCUGCUGAUCUUUGGCAUUAGAUAUACUUGAAAAAGACAUAGUGGACAUUUUAACAAAUUCCAUUGUAGUGACUUUAGAAAUGCAGCCUUUUCAACUCCACCUCACCCAUGUAACAAACCCACACCCCCACCCUGAUCUCUAGAGUAACAGAGCUCCUCUUCCAUCCUAUAGUGCCAGUGCACAGGCGUUCAGGCGGAAUCCACACCACUUUCUCACCUGGCAUGAUUUUCUGCACAAAAGUGUGCUGCUUGCUGGCCCCCUGGCAUGAAGAGCCCUCUUUGCAGGGCUCUGCAUGGCUACGAAAGCUAUGAAUAUACCACACAAAAAAAACACACACAAAGAGAAGAAAAAAAAACGGAAUCAUCUAAUGCAGGAGAUAGACCUCGUUAAAAACCAAACCCAGUGGAAAGCCGGUUAAAGCUCCUAUAGCUCACGUUUUUAACUGCUGUAGAUUAUUGAAGAGGCUGCAGGUGAGGACCCAUAAGGGCAGUGCAGACCACAUAGUGAAUGCACAUACCCAAAAUUGUACAUAAAUAAGGAGUUCAGGUUUGGAAUUAACAGCAUAUUUUACAAAGACAUCAAUUGCUUUUGUUUUUUAUCUUAGCAUGUUGUAUAGCGGGUGUUUUUGGCAAUGUUAUUGAAAAGAAUUGGAGAUUUGGGCCAAAAUUGUGAUCGCACUCUGCAUAGCCUCCUGUGAUUGUUUGGGCGGAGGUCAAAGGUUAGAUUCAGCGGACAGAGUAGCUGUGGUUGUUGAGGAGAAGCAUGUCAGUUCUAGAGGGAUUCAGACUGAUAUGUCCGAUUAACGUCACAAGACCCCCCCCCCCCCCCUCUCUCCCAAAGUAUCUUCUACAGUGACUCAAAAGCCAAAGAACUAAUCACCUGAACAUAUGGAUGUUGUUGCACACAGAACACUUUCUCCUCUGUCUGCAGCCAGUGGUGCCUCUCCUACUGCUGAAGGCAUGAAGUCUGUCCAUGCAGGCGCUCACCUGUCCAGCCAGGUCUUACGUAACGGUCCUCAAUAACACCCACUAUACUGGCUUAACCUUUUUGCUCUCAUGAACUCUUAGUAGAAAUCAAGUUCAGCUCAACUGGUAACGCUGCAUGCAAUCACUAUAGUGGGCUUAUAAUUCUAUAUGGGUGUCCCCAAAAUCCGCAAGAAAAAUAUGCUAUAAAAGAUAGGUGCAUGUCAACAACAAAAACAUUUAACUUUUAUUUACUAUGCAAAGAGAGAUAUUGCACAAACGUAUGGGGAAUAACGAUAUCAAUGUAGACAUGGAAUUACAAAACCAUUCUGCUAAUCAGCUAAUCUUUUGUAUUUGGCCACUCCACGUCUCAUUUCACUUUGCUUCAACAUACUCCAACUAUGAAUGGACAAAUGGAAAAAAAGAUAAUUAUUAAUAUUUCCAAUGAAAAGCGAGAGAGCAACCUUUUACAUUUGUGGAACUGAAAAUCAUUUUUGUGUGUUUUUCAUCCGGUCUGAUGUUUUUAAUCUCACACAUGCACACACACGUACACAAACACAUUGUAUGGUGCCUGUACAUAUUGAGGCCUGAACAGUUUCCUUGUGCAGGGCUAUUAUUUUCAGUCCAGCUGAUAGUUGGUGUGUUCCAGGUGCUGCCAUAGCACUGGCAUCGUUGUAAUCUCCUCCAUGUUACUCAUCAUCUGGUGUCCCUCUCUCACUGCAUCAUGUACAGUUGGACCGACGAAUAAACUACUGACAAAUUUUA